AAUGAACCAUAAGUAAGUGGUCAUGACAGGAUGAGUGAGGUGUCAGACAGUGGACUAAAGGAGAAAAGACAAAAACUGGAACCUGACACACAAUCCGAGGUUUGCACUUCUAAUCGGGAGGAAUCAGCUGGAACACGUCAAGAUAGUUUGUCCGUCAAUGAGCAAACACCAGAUAUGGAAAGUAAAAAGGAAGUAAACAGUAAUGACACUGAUGACGUGAAGCUUGAGAAGAUGAACAAAGAUCCUCACACACCAUCUGAAGAAGAUAAAAAGAAUGACAGUUCUCAGUCAAAUGUGAAGUAUUACCCGAUAUUUAAUGUUGGAAACAAAAAUCCAAAUGUAGACCAAAGUCAAGCUAGCAUUACUCCACCAGAUGGACAGUCUCCAGCGGAUAGCUCCGUCAGUGACGAUGCAGCCUCCCAGACAGAGGUGGCCAGUGAAGAGUCAGCUUUUGAGGUGAACCGCACAGAUGCUGAUCUUGGCAACGCAACCAGCACAUCUCCAGAGAAGACAAACACAAACCUCGGUUUAUCUUUGAACACAAGUGUUAAUCCUGAUGUGGUGAUGCUGAGCCCAGAGAGCCCGGCUGGCAAAAUCGUGCCGUAUGAAAGCUCACAGGAAAAGACUCCCUUCUGCACAGCGCCCCAGGCAUCCUGUCUUCAAUCCCCAUCGCCCAGUGAGUCAGGUAACUCCAAUAAUAUUAGAGCCGGACCUGAAAAUAACAGCGAUCCUGAAGUAACAGCAAUGGAAACGGAUGAUUCGGACAUGCCCGAUACUUGCGACAAGUCUAUAUCGUCAGAGCUCCCAGACAAGGAAGAGUCCAGUGGCGUCGAGUCACAAGAGUUAUGUAAAAGUGAGUCAGCUCCAGUCAGCUUGCCAGACAGUGAUAGGAAAUGGUGGGGAACUCCUAUAGAAAAGCUAAGGAGGAUGCCACAGUGUGGUCAGACCUUACCACUUCUCAGAGCAACAGACAAUCACAAAGUCCUGAUCAGAACGGACCUGCUGAAAGAAGGCGAGGUCCCUACUCCUUAUCCUAGCAACUUCCGAGAUGCCUGGGACGACGUAACAGUCAAGAUGCCCUGCUCUGAAAGGAAUAUGUUUCCUGUGGAGGGUAGGGAGCAGAGUCGAUGGAAACUUAUUCAUUCUGCAUUACAAGCUGAAUGCAGAAGUUCAGUGGACAUUCAGGAGACAAUACUGAGCUACAAUGCAACACAUGCAAGGAAAUGGGAUUUUACAGCAUUAAAUGUUCUCUGCACUGAGGGGCUGGAUUAUCCAGAGGUGCAACAACUGUUUGAUGUUGUUCUGCCAAAAAUGGUGGAGUUAGUUCUGAACACCCCCAGGAUUUGUACCCAGCCAAUCCCACUGCUUAAGCAGAACAUGAAUCAGUCCCUGACUCUGUCUCAGGAACAAAUUGCCUGCCUGCUGGCCAACGCUUUUUUCUGUACGUUUCCCAGACGCAACUCGCGCAGGUCCGAGUACUUCAACUACCCCGAGAUUAAUUUCUACAGAUUGUUCGAGGGAUCAUCUUCUCGGAAACUUGAGAAGCUAAAAACUCUUUUCUGCUAUUUCAGAAAGGUUACAGCUCAAAGACCCACUGGCCUUGUGACAUUUACAAGACAAAGCCUUAGCAGUUUUCCUGACUGGGAAAGCUCAGUCAAACAGCUCACACGCCUUCAUAUCACCUGCGAGGGGAACAUUGAGGAUCAGGGAUUUGGCAUGUUGCAGGUGGACUUUGCUAACAGGGUGGUAGGAGGAGGGGUAACAGGAAUGGGGUUGGUCCAGGAGGAGAUUCGUUUCCUCAUCAACACAGAGCUCAUCGUGUCACGCCUCUUUACUGAAACUUUGGAACACCAUGAGUGCCUCAUCAUCACAGGCACUGAGCAGUACAGUAAAUACUCUGGCUAUGCUGAAACCUACAAAUGGAAGGACAACAACAUAGACAAGACACCAAGAGAUGAGUGGCAAAGAAGAUGUACAGAGAUUGUGGCCAUGGACGCGUUGAAGUUCAGGUUCUUCAUGGAGCAGUUCCAGCCUGACAAAUUCACAAGGGAACUUAACAAGGCAUACUGUGGAUUCAUGAGACGUGGUGUCGACCCCCAGCAUCUCUCAGCCAUCGCUACAGGAAACUGGGGCUGCGGUGCUUUCGGAGGAGACACGCGACUCAAAGCCCUGCUGCAGUUAAUGGCGGCGGCGGAGGCGGGUAGAGAUGUGGCCUAUUUCACAUUCGGCGAUGCAGAGCUCAUGAGGGACGUCCGCACUCUGCACACCUUUCUGACAGAUGGGCACGUCACAGUGGGCAAACUGUAUGGACUCCUGAAGCGCUAUUUUAAUGGGGUGUGUACGACCAGUACCGGUCAAAGACCUGAUGUCAGUCUCUAUGGCUUCAUCUACGAGCAGAUCAGAUCUGAUCCUGACCUUAAGCCUGGUGGCCUGACCCCCUCUGCGACCUCUAGCUCCUCAAAUAAUCAUUAACGCCGGCCUGUCAUAGACUGACAUACCGCUUUAGUUCAGUACUUUUAUUUCUUUAGUGAGAGAUCUUUAUUGCUAGGUAUAGUCUCAGGCCACAGUGAGGUAUACGUGUGAACUGAGUACACAAUAGAGAUUGCUUUUUCUUUUUCUUUUCAAGUUAUCAGAUUAACUGCAUGGGUGGUAAACCUUACGACUCGCAAACGUAUUUAUCUUGAUUUAUGUGACGAUUAGUUGGGCGCUUGAACAAACUUAAUACAGUGUAAAGAAUCACGUAAUGCACGAGAUCUGUUAACAUAGACGGCUAUCAACCGGCAGAGUGCCUACACAGACGCAUAAUUGGCUGUGUGUCCAUGGGGGAAGGGACGAUGGUCGAGCCGGGAUUCCGCAUUGCUGUAAUUAUGACCUCUGCUGGCUGGUCAAGGCACCUGACAAAGCGGAUGGCAGUGGACACUGCAGCCAAAAAAAAGAGGCUUUUAUUUGUGGCACUUUUGGUUGCACUUGCUCCUGGGGGGAGGGGGGUCAGCAUCAGCAGCGAAGUUGCAGUUUGAUACAUCUAAGUUAGGUGAAAUGGCCUGAAAUGAAUGCAUAGAAAAUCAAGGGAUGAAUUCAUGGUUUUGCUGAACACAGUAGAUUAUAUUACUGGUUGUAGAUCAAAUCUACAAUCACAAUAUUGUUGAAAAGUAUUGUCAUUCAGAUUAUUCAGGAGGUUUAACACAUCAAAGGGAAUUCUGGAUCAUCGACAUGUUUUUUUUUCGAUAGAUACUGUGUUCAUAUUGAAUUGUAAAAAAAAAUCAACAAUCUUAGCACGUCAAUUUUAGCAGUUUAUUAUACUCAAGAUUUCUACAGUGUGUUUUAUUUUCCUUUGAUUGCUCUGAUUUAAUUGUAGUAGAAGUUUUGUUGUAAUCUAUUUUAUAAAUAAUAAUUAAAAGUACAGAUU